CUUUGUGCUAUCACAGCAGCAGCAGAUGAAUCAUUCUGACUCGCCCAGAUCUUUUUAUCAUGUCGACAAAGGCGAAACACGCGUUACAACGUGGUACCGGACCAUGCCGCGUAUGGUUCCUUUGUUUUCCUCGACAAAACUUGUCAAUGGAAUCGGCGCAGUCCUUUGCAGCCAUAGCUUCUCUCCGCAAUCAAUUUGCACGAACACAACCUGUCGAUCGAACUGGCAACAGUGAUAUUGGGAUAAGGCCUUCACUAUCAUUUCGGAAAGAUGACCCACCACCGCUCAAACAACUCAACGUUUCUCUCCACUAUACGCAGCUUUUUGUCGCCCAAAUCGAGCAUGGCAACCCUCACAGCUGCUGAGAGGGACUCAAUGAUGAAUACAUAUGCAGAACACGACGAUUCGUCUGAAGAGUACAAUCGGCACAACUACAAGUUGCGGAUGCCAACGUUACCUUCUCCCAAUAUAAACAAGGCUUUGCCCCCUCUUCCGGAAGAGUCAAUCAAACGCUCACAAACGCAAAUCCGUGGUCAACCUCCGAGAACGAGAAUGCGAACCUUGUCUCAUCGUGAUCGUAUCCAAACUCAGACGGGUGCACGACCAAGGACAAUAUCGCGCCGUGGCCUUGACCAGGUUCAAUCAGUGUACCAUGUUCAGAAUCUGCGUUUAGGAAAGGAUUUUUACGUCAACAUCUUCCGCUUUCUAGAUAAACCCGAUCUCGUCGCAGUAGCAGGGACAUGCAAAACACUACGGGAGGCUGCCUAUCAAGUAUUGUAUGAGACUGUGACACUUGCUCCUCGCAAGCUACCGUCGUCGUCAGAAGUCAUUAAUCAAAGCCGCAGACAAUUGCCUGCGUCAUUUCACAACCUCCUUUCCACCAUGCAGACAAAUGAUAAUGCGCGGGCUCAGGUCAGGCAUCUGUCUAUUUAUUGGGGGAUAGAGGUGCCACAGAGCGCUUAUGACUGGCUGAAGCAACUCGGGACACCUCUCGUUUCCCUUGAUGUUCGGAUCGCUUCUGGAGCCGACGAUGAACACCUCAUGAACACCAUCCUUCGCUGUCCAGCGUUGAGGCUACUUCAUUCUUUCACUCAUACAGGUGAUCCGAUUUUAUUCCGGAACGUAGAACGCCUUUCUUUCCUUCUAUCCUCAACUCCAAGGCUAAAGCGUCUCGCUGUUACUCUGCCGAAUCAACUUGGUCAGCUCGAAACAAUAUCACCUUCUUUCCCUGCUUCCUCUGUGGAACAUGCGACAAUAACUUCCCCCAAAUUUGAUGCAACCCUUCGUCAGUUGCUACUUUCCUUUAGCGGGUCGGUUAAAGUGCUCGAGCUCUCCAUAGAGCAUCCUAUCUCCUCGGAAACCGAAGCACGAAACACUCUCUAUGCUUUGGGUAUUAGCCUUCGUCAGCUCGCUCUUCAUUUGGCCGUACCAGCGACCGAUUAUACGUUCCUGGACUAUGUACCUAAACAUCUUACAGGUUUACGCGGGCUUUACCUGAGCCGAGGAACGUGCACAAAGGAGCUUCUAAACAACCUCCAUCACGCGAGCGGUUUACAGUGUUUGGGUUUUGCUGGAUGCAUGCCGGACAUCAUCACAACGGACGAUCUGGUGAGGUAUUUGGGCGGCGAGAGGAAGCAUCCGAGGUUGAGGUUGUUGUUUCUUUGUCCUGCCGGCAAGAAGGAUGGAACGCCUGAUCCAUCUGUGGCGCUUCAUGAAGCAUGUAGAAAAGCAGGGGUUAGGAUGAAGAGGUGCUUGUGUAUACCUGAUGUCUUUGAUGUGGAGAAGGUGAUGGGUGGCAUGCCUCGGAGGUCGAAGCCCAUCUUCGGAACAUUAUAAUAUGGGUCGUAGACCCGGCCAAAACUCAUCUCAGGGUUUACUUUAAUACUUCUGUCCUUAUUUUGAAGAAACUCAGACUCAGACUCAACCCUGUGGCCGAGGGCUUUUGAUCAAGCUGUGGUGACUGUAAAUAUACUUAUGUAGAACCAGGAAUAAAACAUUAAUUUGCAUAAUUCCGUG